AUCCGGUGACUCAUUGUCCGCGAAUCAAUCUUCUCCAGCUCUCUUCGUUUCUUACCUCAUCCUUGUUUAAAUCUAUGUCCCAACCGAUGAAUACUUCAUUUGAUCUCACUACUUCAAAUAUCAAUCCUCAUAUCUUUAAUCACCUCACUGCCUCUCUCAACAACGUUCAGACCGAAUCAUACCAACCAAACCAACAGCUUCAAAGCGACCUAAACAAUGAUCAAACCACUUUCACCGGUUUGCUCAACUCAACACCACCGGUUCAAUGGCAAAACAAUGGAGAAUACUUGGGAGAUUAUCUCAGUUAUACCGGUUCAGGUGAUCCAUCUAUGAACCAAGUCCCUCAAACCGGAAACUACUCAUCGGCCGCAUUUGUAUCUGAUCAAAUUAACGACGGUGAGAAUUUUAAGGCCGGAUGGAAUUUCAGUUCAUCAAUGCUACAUGGAACUUCUUCAAGCAGCUCGACACCGUUGAAUUCGUCUUCGACUUUUUAUGUCAAUGGUGGAAGCGAAGAUGAUAGAGAGAGUUACGGUAGCGACAUGUUGAUGUUUCAUCAUCAUCAUGAUCAGAAUAAUAAUGCUUUGAAUCUAUCAUAAUGUCUUAUUUCUUUUGCUUCUUCAUUUUAUUUGUUUUUAUUUUUAUUUUUAUGAGGGUUUGUAAUUGUGUUACAUACUUUGUACUAUAAGAGCUUAGUCUAUUAUUAUCUUGACUAUGUUAUGUUUUUUCUUCUACAUUUUUUUUUUGAAUUCGAAGAGGUUUCCAUUUGUUUACAUUUAAAAGGUCAUAAAACCUAAGAGGAUAA